AUGCCUUCCUUCGCGAAGAUCCAUAGGCGCCAUGGCUAUGGUAAAGAUGCGCAUACCUAUUAUCCAGUGCUCAUUGUUGGCGCUGGAGAAUCAGGGGUAGCAAUGGGCUGCCGUUUGAAAGAGGUCCUUGGUACAGAUCAAUUUCGAAUUUUUGAUCACUGGUCAACUAUACAUCCACCAGCUCAAGAAAUCUCACAAUACCUCGCAGAUGUCUGUGAGAAGUAUGAGAUUGUCGACAAGAUUCAAUUCCACACCGACGUCAAGCAAAUCCGGUGGGUGGAAGAAGAUGAGGAAUGGGAAGUUAUUUUAUCUCAUUUGGUUCCUGGUACUGGGGAUCUCGCACAACAUGAACGUGAUGAGCUUGCUGAAAAGGAGGGCUCUCAUCACGUAUACAUCAAAAACGAGAUGGUACGGGCCAAGGUUGUUGUCAGUGGUGUCGGGGGCCUAGUAGAGCCCAGAGUUUGGCCAAAUGACAUCCCUGGAAUUGAUGAAUUUGAGGGCGAGAUCACACAUACGGCUCGAUGGAACAGCGACAUUGAUUUCAAGGAUAAGAAUGUCAUUGUCCUUGGCUCGGGCUGCAGUGCAGCACAAGUCGUCCCGGAAUUAGCCAAGAAGGAAGCCAACGUUCGCUCUAUCACCCAACUUAUGCGGACUGCCCCCUGGGUGCAGCCAGAUCUUUUAACCCCCGAUCAACUUCGCUUCUGGGAGACAAAGAUGCCAAAAUUGAUGCGUAAUAUUCCUGGUCUAGGCUGGUUUGCUCGCAACUACGUGUUUUGGCGAGCCGAGGGAAACUGGUUCUCCAUGUUCACCGACACAGACUACAGCCGAAAAUGGCGACCGCGGAUCCAGAAGCGAUUUCUGGACGGGAUGCUCACCUGUGCACCUGAGGAGUAUCAUGAGAUACUUACUCCAAAUUACAAUCUUGGGUGCAAGCGUCGCAUCGUCGAGGGCGUUUGGUACCGGAGUCUUAAUGCACCAAAUGUGGAGCUUACAACACAACCUUUGACCCGAGUGCAUUCCAGGAGUGUUACUUUAGGACCUGGAAGUUAUCUUAAAUCUAGCAAAGACGAUUCGGGUGGCGAGGCUAGGGAUCUUCCCGUAGACGUGAUUGUCCUCGGCAACGGAUUCGAAACCAAUAAAUGGCUACACCCACUCAAGGUCCUUGGGAGGGAAAACAAGAGUUUACAGGAUAUCUGGGAUGAACGGGGAGGUGCACAAGCAUAUCUUGGAAUUGCAAUGGACCACUGUCCCAACUUCUUCAUGGUCCAUGGUCCCAACACAGCAACAGGCCAUUCGAGUGUGAUUUUCGCAUCGGAGAAUGCGGUGAACUAUUCCUUGAAGUUCAUUAAGAAUAUCUUAAGUGGAGAGGUCAGCUCGUACGAGAUCAAAGAGGACGCCGAAAGAACAUGGGCACAGCAAGUGCAGGAUCAGCUCCAGAAAACUGUCUUCAAACGUGGAGGUUGUUCAAGUUGGUAUAUUACCGAAAAUGGAUGGAACUCAUCCACAUACCCGUAA